UGCUCAUAGUACAAUAAUAACUUAGGUCUCCUCUUCUAAUUAAUCAAGAUUAUGCGCGCGGCCAUGGGGAUAACCACCGAGAUGAUGGAUGUGCUGCACGUAGCCGUGGCCGGGCGAACGCUCGCCGUGGUUGAGCGCGACGGCACGCACGACCCGGCCACGGGGCGCGCGCUCACCGGCUCCUGGCUCUGGGACUCCUCCCUCGUCCUCGCCGCCCACCUCGCGUCGUCCUGCGCCGCCGGCCUCCGCCUCCGUGGCGCCACCGUCCUCGAGCUCGGCGCCGGCACGGGCCUCCCGGGCAUCGCCGCCGUCGCCUGCCUCAGCGCCGCGCGCUGCGUGCUCACGGACGUGCCGCCGCUCUUGCCAGGCCUCAGGGUCAACGCCGAAGUCAACGGGCUCGCCGCGGAGCAGGCCGACGUGCGUGAGCUCCGGUGGGGGGAGCAGCUGGAGCCCGAGGUCCAGGUGGACGUGGUGCUCAUGUCCGACGUGUUCUACGACCCGGACGACAUGGCGGCGAUGGCGGCCACGCUGCAUGGGCUGUGGAGAGGCGGCGACAGCGACGACGGCGGCACGGUGGGGUGGGCGGCGAGCGAGGUGCGGGACGGCGUGCAGGACUGCAUGGACGUGCUCAGUGAAGAAGGCUUCGAGGUGGACGAGGUCGAGAGGGUCACAAGGCCGCUGCUGCGAGACCCCGAGCAGGUCGCCGUCUUCGCCGUCUAUCGUCUCCAACGCCGACAACUACAGCUAGGGGUUGACUUCACUCUGUAGAUAUGUAAAAGCCUUGGAAGUUUAACUACAGCAACACAGUCACCUUUGACCUUUCCUUUUCCACGAGCCAUUUUGCACUUCCCUCCCAACUAUUGUAGGAAAUGUAAAUGAACUUUGCGAUGAAACAGAAUAAUUCCAAGAGG